CCUGUCCAUGCGCAAUGGCGGGCUUUGGCGUGUCCGAUCAACCAGGCAACUACUUUCAGACCGAUUCAUCAUUGGAAGAACGUGACCGGAAAGGCCGCAAAGCCGCAAAUACGCAAGGGAAUCCAGUCAAAUUUCCCUCCAAGAUCCUAGCAGUGGGCGUCAACUACUUCUUUGACCCCAGCGGAGAUGUUGUUUUUGUUGCCGAAGCUGGAGGCUCAGUGACCGGCUUACGGUUGUCUACCAAUGAAUUAUCGACUACUCCAAGAGGCCCCCAGGCGCCAUUGACAAGCCUCGCUUUUCAUGCCGUCAAGACGCCUCAGGACCCUUUUACUACCAUGCACGUCUUUGCUGGUUGCUGGGAUAAGUCCGUAUGGAAGUACACCUUCCGGUUUGCCGAGGGGACCAUGCAAGGACGGACUGUCACCGACUACACUUCAUUUCCGGCUCAUCGAGAUUUCGUCAAGUGCCUGGUUGUGGUUCAGACUCCAGACAAAACAGAUAUUCUGAUAACAGGUGGAACUGAUGGCGAUGUACGAUUCUGGUCAUUAGAUGGACAAUCUAUUGGAUUUAUCAAUCCCGACUGUCGCGCUAUUGAGUCUCUCGUCAUGGACCCUCUGUCUUCACCAGAUGCACCCAUCGUCAUGUUCUCAACCUCUAAGCAAGAAAUCUUCUCCUUCACAGUUCCCAGUUUAUCUGACAUAAAAUCCUCUAAGAUCCAGCUGUCCGGGCCAAUUGUCGCCCACGAAACAAGCGUGUACAAGUUACAUUUUGACGACGACGGAGACUUAUGGACAGCGUCCGCGGACAAGACAGCGCGACAGCUGUCCCGGGAUGAUGGUUGGAAGCCGGUGACGACCCUUCAACAUCCAGAUUUUGUUCGAGAUGUGGUGACGCAUGACGCAUAUGGCUGGGUCAUUACCGCGUGCCGGGACGAGGAGAUACGUGUUUGGAACAAGGCGACCAGUGACCUCCACCACGUAUUCUCCGGGCAUUACGAGGAGGUCACUGGCUUGGCGCUGUCGGAAGAUGUACUUGUCAGUGUGAGCAUUGAUGCAACGCUACGAAGAUGGAGCCUUGCACCAGCCGAUCUUCGACGGGCGGUAGAGGAGGCCAAGAACCCUGCACUGCUUGAAGCAGACCCGGAACCCAAGCUUGACAUGUCGCUACUGACUGAGGAAGAAGAGGCUGAGCUGCGCGCAUUGAUGGAGUCGGAAGAGCAAGAGAUACUGGAGAAGAUGGUCCUUGAUGAGCAAUGAUGGAGAUGUCCUCGCUAGGUUUGAUCGAGGUGGAUCUACCGUAGUGCUGGUAGUGGUAUGCCGAACUCUUCUUAUCACGCCUCUAGCUUAGAUAAGCCAAUAUGGUGAUAUCGAUUCUCG